AUGACGACACAAUUAUCCAUGCAGCCGUUUUAUAGAUCACCGCUUGUUGUGGAUACUCGUCAUGCGCAGCAAAAGUACUUCAAAGAAGAUGACAGGGGCGGAAUGCUUGAGGACGGCUCUCUUGAGCACGGGACAAUCGACUCUGGCCUAGAGCUUUCACCACCAAUGAUCAACAGCCGGAGAGAAUCUUUUGCCAUGGGCACAACGCUCUUCUCUCCCAAAGCCGAGGACUGGCAGUCCGUGGACAUGCAGUCGGUACCAUCCAACCCCUUUGCAGACCAGAGCGGAGGAAACAAUGCGCCAAAUCUUAAUCCCUUCAUGCGACUAGACCCGUCGCACGGCCACGUCUUCUCCCCACAGGCAAGUCCCUGGGAUGUGAACAACACCGCGGGCUCUCACAACGUCAUGCAUCAGUUCAACCAUGUGCAAGGCGCCUUUGAUGCCAGCGCUUCCAUUUUUCAAAGACCUGUGCAGAAUCAUAACCCUUUUAGCAAUGCUGGAGCCAUGUUUGCUGCUUUGGGGAAUGAAGACCAGCCCUUGCCGACCUCUCCCGAAAAGGAGUGGAUGCUUCCCGUCCAGACGCUGAGCAAGAAGAUGCAGCCUGGCAGCCCCAUGAUUCGGUCCCACAACGAGCUUCGACGGGGAGACGGCAUCAGGAAGAAGAACGCACGGUUCGAAAUUCCAGUGGAACGCAAUCUGAGCAAUAUCGACUCUCUCAUUGCCCAAUCUACCGACGACCAGGAGAUCAAAGAGCUGAAGCAACAGAAGCGCCUUCUCAGGAAUCGCCAAGCAGCUCUUGAUUCGAGGCAACGGAAGAAGCAACACACAGAACGCCUGGAAGAUGAAAAGAAACAGUUUACAUCCGUCAUCAGCGACAUGGAAGAGGAGGUGGCGUCUCUGAAGGAAAAGUUCGACAUGCUCAUGCAGGAGAAGAAUUCUCUCGUGGGUUACAUUGACAGAUUGACAAUGGAAAAGGAUGACAUGAUCCGCACGCACACUCUGGAGAGUGGUGAGCUGCGCAAGAAAGUCAACGUCCUCACGGAGCACGUGCAGCGGCUUGAAAGCCAAACGUUGAUUGCUUCCGGCCCCGGAGGAAACGAUGGCUAUUCUGACAGCUAUGACGGCAUGGAAGGCAUCGGCAUGCCCGGGUCCUGGGACAGCUCGACGUUUGCACACGAGUACUCGGCGGAGCAGCCCAAGUCGAGGCAUCAAAUGUCGCUCGUCCCGGCCAAGAAGAGCAGCGAGAACACGGCAUCCUCCGAGUGCGACAAGGGCUCUUCCCAGGGAGGUCUCUUGUUCAUGCUGUUCCUCGUCGGCGCGUUUGUCAUGUCCAGCCGCUCCACGCCAGCUAUUCCCCGUGUGUCUGAAGAUGUCCGCGCCGCCUCUGCGACGCUUCUGGACAACGUUCUCAAGGAUGCCGGCAUAAGCUCGCAGGCAACGGGCAUCCAGGCUAUCCCUCCCCAGCCCUCCGGCAGCGAGUGGAUUCAUACGGGCAUCAGCGACAUCAGCAUGGACACUGGGACCUCCAUGCUGGAGGAGCUCGGCGACUCGUUGACCCAGCCGAGCCAGGAGCAGAUGAAUGAGCACAUCUUUUCGCUGUCGGCGGCGCAGUACGACGGCGUGAGCAACCACGAGUUUCUGCAGAACGCCCCAAACGCGCCGGGACGAAGUACCAGCCAAGGCCGCAGGAACCUGGCGGAAGCUCUGGCGGCCAUGCGUGUGGCUAGCAAGCACGAUGGCGCCGCCGAGGUGUAUACGCGAUCGCUUCUCUGGGAUCAAAUCCCGAAUGAUGUUGUACGAAACUUUGCAAAAAUGGUUGCCGAGAGCAACAACGCCCAUGAUGAGCAGGAAUGCGACGAAGCAUAA